ACAAUCCGGCGGCAAAGAUCCUGGUGGAGAUGAGUCGCUUCCAGAACGACGAGGUUGGCGGUGGAACGACUUCCGUGACGGUGUUGGCUUCAGAGUUGCUGCGCGAGGCGGAAAAGUUGAUCGAGAAAAAGUUGCACCCGCAGACGAUUAUCGCCGGGUGGAGAGCGGCCACGCAGGCUUCACAUUCGGCGCUGAUUGGCGUGGCUCAGGACAAUUCUAAGGAUGCGGAAAAGUUCCGAGAGGAUUUGAUGAACAUUUCCAAGUUGGCCGUCGAUGCCGUGAUGCGGUUGAAAUGAUCCGGGAAAUAGACCGGCGGUUGCUUGGAGGAUUCGUUCCUGGACAAGGGUUUCCUGCUGGACAAGAAGCAUCAAGAACGCAAAGAUCUUGAUCGCCAACACGCCGAUGGUCACGGUCAAGAUCAAGGUUUUAGGAUCGAGCAUCAAGAUGAGGUCGCCAAAAAGAAGAAGAUGAAGGACAAGGUGACGACCAGGACGGUUCGUCUCGGCCGUUGCGAUCUGUACCGUCGUAAUCCGUGGGGCAACCCAGCAGAUCAUCGACGAAGCGGAUCUUUGGCUGCAUGACGCCUUUCGCGUGCUGGCCGCGGAAACGUCCGGUAAUGAAUCGAUGGCUAUGGAAGCGUUCGGUGGCGCUCUGCUCUAGCUGCCGACGCCGAUCGCCGACAACGAAGAGUACGACUCCGUUUGUAAUGCUCAGCUAAACGAAGAGUGCACGUGUAAUCCACGUGACCAUCGAAGAACGAUGCAGCGAUGGCAGGACCUGGGAAUAGUUCGGGUGCAAAACGGCGCUCAAAACCAAAAAAAAAAUCUGCCGCGAUCAAGAAGCCGCUGAUGCCUACUAAUUCCAGGAUGAAGAUCGAGCGCUGCAAAAGACGCUCUCGCAGAUCCGCAGCAUAAUGAACACACUGGACAGCCGGAUCAUGCUGCUGGAGGUGCUGACGAAACAACGAUUGUUUCUAUUAAGAUGAGCAAAACUACUAGUCAGAUGAGUUUUAGAUAUAGUUAGAAUACUUUAUUCACAUGAACUGUAAUAGAGACUUUAAUACUACUUAUAAAUAUAUUUAAAGUAACACUUUUUUAAACGAAA